GUUCGCCAGAGGGAAGAAUGUGUGCAAACUGUAAUGAAGUCAUAGCUGUAAAAUUCACAGCGCUAAUUUCUGGAUAUAUCCGCUCUACAGGGAGCAGCUAAUUUCUGGGUUUUAUUUGCCAAUCUCGUUCAAGUUUACGAUUCCAAAGAAUUGAAUGUUUUUACAUAUAUGUAUGCAUCAAAGAAAUUUGAAAUUGUUUGAUGUUUCCACAUGGGUUUUGAGUUGAUCACAAUAGGAAGCAAAGGGUUUCCAAGUUUUUGCAUAAUCUGAAUUCAAAUUUCAGUUCUGAAAUAUUAAUGGCAGAAGGGAAAGAAAAGGCAAAGAGAUUGUAUCAGGUCUGGAGAGGAACCAAUAGAUUCUUUUGUGGGGGACGAUUGAUCUUUGGUCCCGAUGUGGCUUCUUUGAUUUUGACCUUAAUCCUAGUUGUAGGCCCAGCUUUAUCCUUCUGUAUUAAAGUUUACCACACCAUCAAAGUGCACGAGAAAGAUCACAAAGAUGGUCGUUACUGGUAUGUUGUGCUGCUUGUGGCAGCAGUUCUCACUUGUCUGGAUAUAUUGUUUCUUUUCUUGACGUCGAGUAGAGAUCCCGGAAUAAUCCCACGGAACUCAACACCACCGGACUCUGAAGAAGCAUUUGAUAUGAACACCCCUUCAAUGGAGUGGGUCAACGAUAGGACUCCUCAUUUGAGAUUACCAAAAACUAAAGAAGUGCUUGUGAAUGGUCAUUCGGUUAAAGUUAAAUACUGUGAUACGUGUAUGCUAUAUCGUCCUCCCCGUGCCUCACAUUGCUCCAUCUGCAACAACUGUGUUCAGAGAUUUGACCAUCACUGUCCAUGGGUUGGUCAAUGCAUCGGACUACGUAACUAUCGGUUCUUCUACAUGUUUAUAUCAACAUCAACCAUCUUGUGCAUAUAUGUGUUUGCAUUUUCAUGGGUCCACAUUGCGCACCAGGGCCCCUCAGUUUUGAAGGCUAUGUCACAGGACGUCUUGUCAGAUUUCCUCAUUGUUUACUGCUUCAUAGCGGUUUGGUUUGUGGGUGGGCUCACAAUUUUUCACUUUUAUCUCAUGUGCUCAAACCAGACAACUUAUGAAAAUUUCCGAUAUCGAUAUGAUAAGAAGGAGAAUCCGUAUCACAAGGGAAUAAGAAGGAAUCUUAUAGAAGUGUUUCUAAGAAAGAUCCCUCCUUCACUGAAUGAUUUUCGGGCUUUUGUGCAUGAAGAUGAAAACAUGGUGAUGGAGCCCACAGGUUCGGAUCUUGUACGUACCUCAAAGGAGAAAAUCGACAUUGAGAUGGGAAACAAAUUUUCAGAAUUAAGUGGGAUUUCACUGCCUGAAAUUUUACAGAAUUUGCGAUAUGAUGAAUUGGAGGGUAACUCGAAAAGCAAGGAUGGGAUUGUAGACUUAGAUCUUCACCCAUCUCCCUUUCUUUUUGAACGGAAAGAAGAUGAUAAAUGUGAUGAACUAAUAAUCGCUCAUGAAACCGAAACUGUUCAUCAAGUAUAGAGAUUUUGCAGGUUUGGGGUUCAAAUUAUUGUUUCUUGUGAAUGUAGAAGAUGAAUGCAGAAGGUUUUUGUAGAUGAAACUGAAUCUGAAUGCAGAAGGUUUUUAUAGAUGAAACUGAAUCUGAAUGUGGGGGCUGUUUUCAAAGCAAAGCAAAACAAGAAUGUUGCCAUCUGUGACCAAAAAAUAUUCACUACAUUUUGUUUAUUUUAUUUUAUUCUGUUUCUAUUUGCUUAAAUUGGAUCAGAUAUUUGGUAUGUAUGUUUUGUGAUAGAAUUUGCUGUGACAUUUUAUCUGCUUUGUGCAUUCAAAAAUCUUUUGUUUC